UCGAUCUGCACAGCUUAGUCGCUGAAAUUAUUUGAAGAAGAGCGCACACACAAAUAAAAAAUGCAUUUCUGUAACUUUUGUCUAUAUAUAGGACUGUUAUGUCUUGCUGUUGGACCGCUGGCGGAGGCCUGGGUGGCACGCGCUAAUUAUCACAACGAUGCACAUCCUGGCAAAUGCACGGUGAGUGAUACGCUCAUUCUCUCACCCGGUGAAAGAGCGAAAUCGCCCAACUCUUGUUCGGUAAUUCAUUGUGGCAGUGAGGGGCAUGCCACCAUUUUUGGCUGUGGCGCUGUUGGCGCACCAGAGGGUUGCAAAUGGGGUGAUCAUGUGAAUAAAGAUGCUCCUUUUCAGGAGUGUUGCGCCCGCCACUUGGUAUGCGAAGGUGGCUUGACGGCUGAGACGCGCCAUUAUGAAAAACACUAUUGGGACAUGUUCUCACGCAAUUCGAAGAAUACUGCGAACGAGUAAGAACGUAAUGUUUUGAAGGAAAGUAAUGGCUUUGAGUAAUGGUUGUAUUUAUCAAAUUAAAUGUAAUGCUAAAGCAAUGAAGUGAUUAUAUAUUUGUUAUU